AAAAUACAUAAAUUAUAGUGCGUUCGAUAGCGGACACUUUGCUCUAUAAAAUACGCUAUAAAUUGAAAAAGUGAAAAAUUUGAUGAAAAUUGACUUUUUGGGGUGGGGGGAGAGCCUUAAAAAAUUCGACACACAACACAGCACAUUUAAAGGUUCUCAGUCAAGCGUCAACUCAAGUACGAUCGACCCAAAUGUCUGAGUCGAGAAAAACACCUAAACGAAAAACAACUAACGGUAAGAACUCUUCUACCAUGGAGACUUGAUAUCAACUUUCUUUCAUUGGUUUAGAAAAUUUCGAUUCAACACAAAGGAAGAAAUCAAAACAAAAUUUGUUUCUACGUAUUGUUUUCUAUUUACUUUUAAAAACACAAUUUGUGCUCUUUUUCUUAAAUUUUGUUUUAGAUCCAGCAGCGACUCCCGUUCGUCUUGAUUUACCAUCGAAUUCGAUGACAUCUAUAAAUGACAGUCAAAGAGCUCAACAAAAUGCGCCUGAAUUUACUACUUAUCGUGCUCGUCGUUCCAAUGAUAAGCGUAAUCCUAUGGCAAAAUAUCAACCAAGUCAAAAUGUUCUUCGUAAAAAAUCCAUUAAUACAAUGAACGUACUCGAUAAUGACGAAGAUAAUGAAUUACGUAAGAUAAGAGGAACUUGCUACAACUAUUAUCUUCUUUUCACAGGUUUCGGUGCUAAUCAAUAUGUACAAUAUGAAGCAGAUGAAGAUGAUGAAGAUGAUUUACAAGAAGAACCGGUAAUACAGAAACAAAAACGAGCAACUUCGCAUAAUGAUACUCGUCGAAACAACACUGGCGCUAAUAACACGUUUGAUAAAGCCCACGAUUCAAAUUCAUCCGAUGAAGAAGCUGAAAAUCCUGAUACAAAUCAUGACAAUGCUGUUUAUCAAAUAUACUUCAAUGAAAAGUUCGAUCAACUACGAGCCGACGUUCAUAACUGCACAGUCAACACAACUAAUUCAUUGGCCGGUGGUGUGCAAACACAAAUGGCCAAAGUAGAUAAACAACUACGGUCUUUAUCCAGAUCUCUACAAGAUAACUCACAUCAUCCUGCUUUAGCAAUAUACCAAAAUCUGUCUAAUGAAUAUCCACGAGUAGUUGAGUUCAAUGGAACCAACUUGUUGGAUGUUGCUAAAUCAGCUGAUUAUAAAAAAUAUGCUCGCACCAUCUUGAAACUCAUCUUCUCACCUGGUGAACUCAGUAAUUCCGUUUUGAUUUCCAAUCGCAUCUACGCUCGUCCGGGAUUAGAUCCUCAACGAAUGGCAAUCUGGGCAGAAGCAGUUGGUGCUCGAUUCAAGAUUGAUCGCGUUCGAUUUGAGGAUUUUUUUCGAACGUGUUUUCAUAGAAGUUUAGCCCAAAUGUUAUGUGAUAUUCAUCGUGUACAGAAGCGUGCAAUGGGCAAUCCAACGGCUAGUGAUCCAAGUGGUUUAACAUCGGCUCAUGAUGCUUCUUUUUUUGAUGGACCAGAUUCACCAGGCGUGGCUCAAAAGAAUGAUAAUUGUAUUUGA